AUGAGUGGUCGUGAGGAGCAGCCACGUCUGGCGGAUGGACUGAACGCUGCGGAGCCGGUACGGCGUCCGCGGCAUCCGUCGUGGUAUCCGCCUAUGCGCGACGACGGGAAGGGGCUGCGCUUGAUGAACUCCCUGACGGAAUGCGUGGAGCCGUUCACCCCACGUGUGGGGCGGCUAGUGCGGUGGUAUAUGUGUGGGCCUACCGUCUACGACGUCGCCCAUAUGGGUCACGCCCGUGCCUAUUUAACCUUUGACAUUUUGCGCCGCAUCAUGGAGGACUACUUUGGCUACCAGGUCUUGUAUCAAAUGAACAUCACCGACAUUGACGACAAAAUAAUCAAGCGGGCCCGUAUUGGGGCGUUGCUGAAGUGGUUUCGGGAGGAUGUGCUGCAGGGACGUGACAUGGCGCGGCUCGUCGCCUUCACGGCCGAGUCGGAGACGGCGGCGGUUGCUGCCUUGGCUGAGACGCGGCGCAAGCUGUCGGAGGCGUUGCCGGACGCCACCCCGAGUCGCGUCAAGGCGGAACGUGAGGAGAAGUUGAUGGAGCUUGCGCUGAAGGAGUCGCAGCUGCAUGCAACACGGGAACGCAUUGUGUCGGCGACGGCGUCUGGCGACUUUGAGGCGCUCUUCACCGCGGCAUCGGGGAUUAACGGUGAUCUGCUGGAUGAGCGCGAGGGGCAGGGGGUGACAGAACAACGCAUCUUUGAGGACCACGCGCGUUUGUAUGAACGUCUCUUCUUUGAGGACAUGCGGCGCCUUGGCGUUCGCGACCCGGACGUCGUCACACGCGUGACGGAGUACGUGCCGGAGGUGGUUGACUUUAUUCAGCGGAUUAUGGAUAAUGGCCUCGCCUACCGCGGCACAACCUCCAUUUUUUUUGACACCGCUGCCUUUGCGCGGGCAGGGCACGAUUACCCAAAGCUAAAGCCAGUGAGUGAGCGCGGCGAGAGUAACGCGACAGAGGCGGAGAUGGCGGAGGGCGAGGGGGCGUUGAGUGCGGGUGUCGCCGGUGAGAAGCGGAGCGCGAACGACUUUGCGCUCUGGAAGUUCUCGAAGCCCGGGGAGCCGCGUUGGCCCUCGCCUUGGGGUGAGGGACGCCCCGGUUGGCACAUUGAGUGCUCCGUCAUGGCGUCUGAUAUACUUGGCACAAACAUGGACGUACACAGCGGCGGCUGGGACCUGAAGUUUCCCCAUCACGACAACGAGUGUGCGCAGAGCGAGGCGUGUCACAUGCAGCACCAGUGGGUGAACUACUUCCUGCACUGCGGGCACCUGCACAUUAAGGGGCUGAAGAUGAGUAAAAGCCUUAAGAACUUCAUUACGAUCCGGCAGGCGCUGGACGAGCUCGGUGUCACACCACGCGUAAUGCGGCUGCUGUUCCUUUCGAACCACUGGGGAAAGUCGAUGAAUUUCUCCGAUCAAAGCAUCGAUGAGGCAAAGGAACGGGAACGCGUUCUGCGUGCGUUCUUUGGAAGCGUCGAUGUGGUGCUGCGGAAAGACACCUGGGGCGAGACGCAGGGCUUCAACUCCCACGACCGCCGCCUAAGUGAGUUGUGGUUAACCGUCGAAGACACCGUCCACUGCGCGUUGCAGAAUAACUUUGACACCCCUGCUGCAAUGGACGCCCUCAUGGAGCUUGUGAGUGCGACAAACCAGUACCUCCUUAGCGGGGAGCGCCCGAGUGUGACGCUAGUGCAGAAGGUGGGCCGCUACGUCACCCGCAUGCUGCGGGUCUUUGGCGUAGCUGAGGGGGGCGACGUUGUUGGUUUUGGGGUGCGGCAGGGCACGGACGACCGACUCGUGACGGUCAUGGACGCUCUUCUGCGCCUCCGCGAUGGCGUGCGUGACGCGGCGAAGGAGACGAAGAGCACCAGAACGUUUUUGCCGCUUUGCGAUGCGGUUCGCGACGAGUGGUUGGUGCCUGCUGGAAUCCGCAUCGAAGACAAUCCCGCAGGACGCACGACGUGGAAGCCAGACGACGUGGCGACGCUUCAGCGCGAGGUGGCGGAGCGAAAGACGCAGCAGGCGACCGAGCGGCGCACGACUCUCGUGAAUCAAAUCGAGACAAAAAGGAAGUCGACGGAGAAGUGGCGUCAGUACGUGUGCCCACCGCAGCAGUACUUCCGCACGCGGGACGCGGAGAAGAAGAUGUACGCCGCCUUCGAUGAGACGACGGGGCUUCCGACGCAGCUGGUGGCGACAGGCGCGGCGGUCGCGGAGAAGGAGCAGAAGAAACUCGCCAAGGAGCUUGCGAAGUACGCGAAGCUGCACGAGGAGUUCGCCGCAAAGGGCGGUGAGAAGUGGCUGGCGGAGCAGGAGCGGGAGCUGGAGGAGCUUACGGGGGCCCUCAGCCGCCUUUGA